AUGAGGGUAAGAGUGAAUCGGUACUGGGCGCUGCAAUACCAGUGGCAGCAGCAGAAGGGAGGAGGAAGGGAGAAGAGGGCGUGGAGGGCCCGCGAGAGGAGAAGGAAGGCAGUGAGUAAGGGUGAGAGGAAGAGCGAAAAGGUACUGGACGCUGCAACGCCAGCAGCAGCAGCAGCAGCAGCAGCAGAAGCGGGAGAAGCAGCAGCACGAGCAGGCACAGCAGACGCGGUGGAGGGUUUGGGGAAAGCAACGGGCAAGAAGACAAAGAGGAAGGCAGGGAGUAAGGCGGUUGGUACGGCUGAACCAGCAGGUGCAGUUGACGCAGCAACGCCUGGUGCAGCAGCAGAGUCAGCAGAAUCAGCAGAAUCAGCGGUUUCAGGAGCAGCAGCAGCAGCAGCAGCAGCAGCAGAGGCAGAAGUAAGCAGAGUGUCGCUCACUCCCACUGCUCUGGGUGCAAAUGCGGUCUAUACCACUACUACUAGUGCUGGUGGUGUUGGUGGUGCUAGUGGUAGGGCCACUCGUGCAAGCAGAAGGGAGGAGGUGGAGCGAUGGCUGGUCGUGGUGGAAUCCCCCUCCAAAGCCCGCACAAUUCAGGGUUACCUCCAGCAUUUAGCCUCUGAUCCCGAGCCCCCCUUAAGCCUCGUUACAGCAGGAGCAGCAGAGGGAGUAGCAGCAGGAGGAGCAGUAGGAGCAACAGGAGGCACAGGGGGAGUGAGGGGGAGGAGGAGAGAGUUUUCGGUGCUGGCGACGCAUGGGCAUGUGAGGGAUGUGCCUAAUAAAGUGGAUGCUGUCUCCCCUGAAGCUGACUUCGCCAUUGACUGGCGAAUCCUACCCCAGGCCGUGCCGCACUUCCGAGCCAUUGCUCUGGCCGCCUUUAGCCAUUGCUUUGGCCGCAUUCAGGCUGUGCGGCACUCCCGAGGGAUAGCCCUUGAAGCCUUUAGGGGGCUGCUGCUGCUCAAGGGGGCUGCUGCUGCUGCUGACUUCCCGUUCUCCUCUCUCCCUCAACCCAGGUUACAAGGAGUUGUGCUUGCUACAGACGCAGACAGGGAGGGGGAGGCGAUCGUGUGGCACGUGUACCAGCUGCUCAAGGGGGCUGCUGCUAGUGGUGCUGGCAUUGGCCUCCUCUCUUCCCGCUUCAUUUACUCCUCCUCUCUCCCCUUGCAGAUCUCAGGGAGUGGUAUUGGCAACAGACGCGGACAGGGAGGGGGAGGCGAUCGCGUGGCACGUGUACCAGCUGCUCAAGGGGGCUGCUGCAGCAAGGAGGAGGGCAGAGGCGCAGCAGCGGGAGAAGGAGCAGCGGAGAGAGAAGAUGGUGCAGCAGAACCUCAAGGGGGCUGCUGCGGCGAGGAGGAGAGCAGAGGUGCAGCAGAGGGAGAAGGAGCAGCGGAGAGAGAAGAUAGUGCAGCAGGGGCUGCUGCGGCGAGGAGGAAAGCAGAGGCGCAGCAGAGGGAGAAGGAGCAGCGGAGAGAGAAGAUGGUGCAACAGGCUGUUCUUAUAGAGGAGCAAUUGGCAGCAGAGGCACAGGAGGCAGCAGAGGAGGAAGGCGCGGUGCUACAAGGUGCAGAGGGGUGGGAGGGGGAAUCCGACCUGUUCUCCACUGGAGCUGCUGCUGCAGAGUCGAACCUGUCGAUUCCCGAAGCAGGAGGGUCGGAGGGAUUAGAGGGGCCGUCUAUUAACGCUGGUGGUGGUGUGGGUGGGUUGCAAGGCGAAGGGUUGAAGCAGCAAGGAGGAGGGGAGCAUGGGGAGCAGGAGGGGGAGCACGGGUGGUUGGAGGUGGAGGAGCUACUAGGGGAGUGGCUCCUCCCGGCCGCCGGAUCUAACGGCUGCGAUCUCACGAUCCACCGAGCCACCUUCCACGAGAUCACCCCAUCCGCCGUCCUCUCAGCCCUCUCCCAUCCCCGGCUGCUCUCCCAACCCCUAGUAGACGCAUACUUUGCCCGCAGGGUUUUAGAUUUUCUCAUGGGCUUUAACCUGUCGCCUGUGCUCUGGAGGAAGCUUCCUGGGUGCAAAUCCGCAGGGCGUGUUCAGUCGGUGGCGUUGCGGUUUGUGUGCGAGAGAGAGGGCGAGGUGGCGGGGUUUAACACGCAGGAGUAUUGGACUGUGAGUGCCAUGGUGCAGGCGUGUCAAACCAAGAGUACGCUGCUUGAAAGCUCGAAAGGGCUUCUGGAAAGGAAGCUGGCAGGGAGGGGUAGAGAAGUAGGAGCAGAAGGAGGAGUGGGAGGAGGAGGAGGAAGAGAGGAAGAAGCAGGAGCAGGAGUGGGGAGUGAUGCUCCCCUGUCGUUUCCAGCUAGACUCACCCAUCUCUUUGGGGAACCUGUAGGAGCAGGGGCAGGGGGAGGAGCAGGAGCAGGAGCGAGACGAGCGAAAGAAACAAAAGAAGGGAAAGAAGCAAAAGAUGCGAAAGAAGGAAAAGAAGGGGAUGAAAAGGCAGCAGCAGCAGCAGCAGAAGUGGAGGGGGGGAUAAGGGAUGGAGAGAGGGCACUGGCAGCGGCAGUGCUGGUGGAAGGGAGUGAGCUGCAGGUGCAAGGAGUGCAUCGCUCGCAGACCAGGCGGUCUCCUUCCCCUCCUUUCACCACUUCAUCCAUGCAGCAAGAAGCCUCUUCCAAAUUGGGGUUGGUUGAGGCACCCUUUGCACUUUGUAUCUUACAGAAAGGGGGCUGUACGGUACAGGCCAACGCGUUUCUCCUGCACUUCAUGGAGCCAUAUGCCAACGCGUUUCUCCUGCACUUCAUGGAACCGUAUGUGAAUGCGGGGUUCACUGCCCAGCUGGAGUCCAAGUUUGAUGACGUGGCAGCAGGAGAGGAGGACUGGCGUCAGGUUCUCAGAACCUUCUGGACCGACUUCCAGCCGAGAGUGGAGGAAAUGCACAAGCUGUCACCGCAAGCGGUGAGUGGUGGAGAGGAGGGAGAAGGUGGGCUCGGCAGUGCAAGUGACGUUAGGCGAUGGGCUGCUGGUGGAAGCAGCAGAGACGUGCUCCCACCCAAGUCCUUCCCUUACAGCCUGCCUUCCAUGCCCUACCUUGCUGUGUACCUUCUGUUCCCUCAGGUGGGGUCGGCAGUGCAGGUCACACUAGGCGAUGGGCUGCUGGUGGAAGCAGCAGAGACCUACUCUGAAGUACUGGCCAAAGCCCGCGCUCCUGCUCUUCCCUCCUCCUCCUCCUCCUCCCCGUCCUCCUCCUCUUCCUCCUCCUCCUCGCCAUCCCAAUCAUCGGAACCAUCAUCACUCUCUGAAGCACAUGAAUCACCACCGUCGGCAUUGUCAACACCCUCACACUCCAAGACAUGCCCGAGCUGUGGCAGCGGCGAGUUAGAAUACAACUUUUCCAGCCGGGGCGUGGGCCUCUUUGUCGGCUGCUCCGCCUACCCCACAUGCCACUUUAAGGCCCGAGUGGUGGAGCAGGAGGGGAAGGCGGGAACUCUGGCCGUGGCAAUCGAUCCCGUGGCACACAUAAUAGGGGAAGAUCCAAGCACAGGGGCUAAGAUUUGGCUCAAAGUGGGUCCCUACGGAGCAUACGUUGAACGGUCGUCUUACGGCAAGGUCUCCAAAGUCAACAGAGCCUCCCUGCCUCCAGGCACCCAUCCAGACGCCGUUGACCUUCCCAAGGCUCUCGAGCUGCUCGCCUUCCCUCGGACCAUC